AUUAUAAUAUAUAACGACUUAGUUUUCUUUACUUUAAAUUGCCUAAAUUUAUAGUUAAAGAUACAAGCUUGGUCCAACUUUGGUAUUCAGUACUCCAAAACAGAUUAUAUUAUACUGAGGCUUAUUAUUAUAUUCAACGACUUAGUUAUCGUCAGUUCAAAUGUAUAAUAUUGACUUAGUUAUAUUAUACUGAGGCCUAUUAUUUAAUAGGCAUAGGUCAAUUACUGAGAAGCAGUCGAAUGUACCAUCGCAUGGACCGAACCCAACAGAUAGGCCUACAAGACCUGGAGACAAUCCCAACCGGUCAUUUGUCGAACCAAUUUGGUUUAACACGUACCACCUAGUAGUCCUGUUCUAGGUGGCAGGUUAUAAAAUAAUAUGCUCAUCCCUUCUCCAUCUUGAAACACAUAAUGGAUCCUAAACCCAUGGUGUAAAGUUUUCCCUCAACUCCCCGUUAUAGGCCUACAGUACUACACUUACCAACGAAAGAAAAACCAUGAAUAAUCUCGUUAAUGGACAAUAGAUGGUGCGAAAACUUGAGGGCUUCAAUAGUUUUACGUCCAGUACUGUACUUAACAAUAAGAGAAUUUCAUUGUCGGACAACAGAGUUAAUCAAUAAUGGCGACGUCUAAACAAAUUGACCGUCUCAAAAUUUGUAUGAGAAAACAACGUUCGCAAACAUCCGGUUAUGUUGUGAGCGACAAUAACUUAGUUUCGAACGCAAGAAAUCCAAUAGCUCUGAUUUUAUUUGUUGGUGUUUGGAAAUUAAUAUGAAUGAAUAUUAAACAGAUUAACAGACGAUAACUUUGCUUGUGAAAUUCGAUGGGACGUAGCAAGUUGCUCUGCCGCCUGUUGGGUUAUCGUGAUGGCCCAAGGAACGCCUGGAGAGUUGUUAUACUUUUUAUUAUCAUUUUCAUUGCAACUAUCAUUUACUAUAACCAUAAGAUCGGUACCUUAACUGAACAGGUACAGAAGUUACAACGUGAAAAGAAAGCGUCCGAUAAAAAGAUGAAACGCAUUCGGGAAUACAACACCGUAUUGGAUAUUAGACGAAACGCGUCAGCAUAUACGUAUUCGUUACCGCGGAACAAAAUGUGUUUCUUCAGGAAUAAACUUGCAAAGGGUGACAUGCCAACACUUCAUUCCAUAUUUUCGGACCCUGUGUCUAAGAGUGUCGUUAUGGUUGGUGUGAAAUUACUUCAUGACACAUGGCAUAAAAAUACAUUUAUAUGCAAGUUUGAGAAUGGUGAUGCUACUGUUUCAGAUCCGAUAGUCAAUGAUUUUAGAAGCUUUGGAGCUUUAGCACAGUACGUGGUUGUGAUAACAUGUUCUUUACCGGACCAAUAUAUUCUUCAAACUAACUUCACUAUGUCACUAGAACGAGUUGUUCCUUUCCCUAUAAAGAACGAUUUUUCCUACGAUAACUUUACCGUCUGUUCUGCUAAUGUUUUACCGCCUAAACAAACGUUUUUAGCCGCGUGUACAAUGAUUAAUGAUGUGGAUGAGUUUGUUCCUGAUUGGAUUGAUUACCACAAUUUUAUGGGUGUAGAGCAUUUCUAUUUAUAUGACAACCAGAAUGGACGUGACAGUACACUGCCUGAGACAGUAACUACGUAUAUAAAGCAAGGAAUCGUAACAGUUAUUCCAUGGGCUCAUGAGCCAUCCAAGGAGAAAACAUAUCUAGAAAUACAGGUCGCUCACGAGAAUGACUGUAUUUGGCGACAUAAACAUGACACAAAAUGGAUGAUAAAAAUAGAUGUGGAUGAAUAUAUACAACCUAUGGAUCCAACUAGACCUAAAAUUUCAGACUAUCUGGCUGACUUAGACUACGAGAAACUAGGUUCCAUACGGGUGCAGAAUUGGUUCUUUGGACGACCACAAAACUCCACGGUCGAAGCCUCCACGUAUAUUGAGCGUAAUCGUUGGCGCUCAUCGGAUCCUACUGAACAGAAUAUAGGCCGCGACAAGAAUAUACUCCAACCAAAGAACGUACAUUAUUUUAAAAUUCAUGCUAUAAAACUUGGCGGAGAAACUCGAUCUGCUAAUCCAAGAACUGACCUUAGACUUGUACAUUAUCGCCUAGAUAACCCAAGAAAGCGAGACUUCGACCUUCCAAAAUUCGAUGUUAAAGAUGAAAGCAUGGUUAAAAUUUGGAAGAAGAUUAAACAGUCAAGAUAUAAUUAUGAGAAAAGUGAUGAAUCGACUCGAAUGUACUUUUAAAAACUCGUAAAAUUGACUAGUAGUGAAAUGACUUUUUCUUUAUUACCCAUUAGUUUCAUAACAAUAAUUCAACUGUAGAUUAGUGGAGCAACAAUAGCACAACUGAUUGAGCCCAGACCUAAGCACAUAAUUAAUUAUCAUAAAUUAUAAUUACAUAAAACUAAAUUUUGAUACUGUAAAUGAAAUGUUGCCAGAAUAAUAUAUCAGAAUAUAAUUAUAAUAAAAUGGGUUAUAAUUCAAUGAAUAAAGGUAUAUUUUCAGUUUAUAUAAGCUGUAACUAGCUGCAAAAGCAUUUUUAGAUAGGCCAGUUCCACCAUAUAUGGAAAACAUGAUUUGCCGAUAUUGGUUUAAACUAUUGAUAUAUUAAGUUUCCCCUUUGUAUUUGUCUAAUACCAUAAUUAUAUUGUAAUAGAGAACAACAUAGUAUGAUAUACACCAAGAGAACGAGGUAGAUUAUCGUAAAUUAUUAAAGUGAAGGAUUUUGCUAUUUUAAAUGCUAUGUUUAGUUUACAUAACAAUGACGAUAAAUUUAAUUACUAAAACAUACAGAUCUUACUACCAUGUUGUGUUAAAUUAAGAACAAGCUAAAUAGGCCUACAUGUGGAUUCUACCACCUCAUUCUCAAUGUUGUACUGAAAUGUAAUUAAAAGUAGGCCUAUAUUGUUUCAGAAUAUAUUAUAAUAACAGAAUGUGUUGAAAACAAUUACUCUAACUUAAAACAAAAUUCCGUAUUGUUUUGAAAAACAUGAUCAUCACGUACAGAACAGCCGGGCACUCACUGCGUCCUACGACGGUCGUACGAACGUCGCACGACGAAUUCAACUCCGCUCCCCGUGAGCGAUAGACGACGCGACGCCGUCUGCUGACUGUCGGCGGCAGUGGUCUGAACGAAUCAUCAUUAAAAGGAUCCGUUGCGCGCACGUCGUCGCGUUGCGUUCUUCAUGGAAUCGGCCGACGACCUUCCGGCUUUAGUGUGAUGAAUUCCCACUAUACACUAGAUCGAUUACAUUAUGAACAUUUCAUUUCAAAAUACAGUAAGGCUAGUCUUAGUUGCAUUAACAGCUCGGUUCAAAGUUUGCCAAACAAGAGUGAAUUCAACAAAACUUUACUUCCAAGUCACUCACGAUUAAAUGAGAAUCAAUUAAAUAUAGAAUAUGCCUAUACUGUGUUUAUAAUACUUCUUUUGUUUGUUUCAUCUUAUGUCACUGUUACUCUUAUUAUUGACGAAUGCUAACAAUAUAUUACCAAUUUAUUAUUUAUUAAUUAAUGUGCUCGCGCGAGGGUGACAUUGGAAUUAUUACAUGAUCCAAAUAAUACAGUAUUAUAACACUGCGUACGGUUCUACAAUAAAGCAAUUUGAUGAA